UUUUCCAAAAUGGAAUAUAUUCGUCUAAAUAGGAUUUCUCCAGGGAAUCAGUAACUAGACUCUUCUCCUUUUGCCUCUUCUCUCCAUCUUCGUAAUUAUUCGCCUCUCUCUCUCUCUCUCUCUCUCUAAAGUGUGCGCCCUCCUGAGUUCGACCGAAGCUGGUUACGAAUUAGGGGAAGCGAGGCUGCAGCAGUUCAGAUUUGACUGGCCUCUGCGUGUAGAAUUUCUCUAUGCUUGUGUUUGUUGUCAAUUGAGAAAAAGUUAAAUCAAAGAGCCAUGCAGAAGGAUCAUGGCAAUGCCCCAGCAACACCUACUGGACGGCUUCGGCACCGUAGACGCUCAACUGAGGUUCUUCCAGACGUUGGCAAAGAAAAUGGAAGUUCUUUACUUGUUAAUGAUCAAAACAAAUACAGAUCAAUGCUAACUCGCAUAUAUUCAUCAAUUUGGAUGAUUGGGGGCUUCGUACUUAUACUAUACCUGGGUCAUCUCUAUAUUUGGGCCAUGGUGGUGGUUAUCCAAAUUUUUAUGGCAAGAGAGCUGUUCAGUCUUCUCAGGAAAUCCCAUGAAGAUAGACAGCUACCAGGAUUUCGGCAAAUGAAUUGGCACUUUUUCUUUACCGCCGUGCUGUUCGUAUAUGGCCGUUUUCUCAACCAACAGCUUGUCAACACUGUUACUUCUGGCCAACCCUUAUAUCAGCUUGUGAGCACUUUUAUCAAGUAUCACAUGGUUACCUGCUAUUUCUUGUAUAUUGCAGGUUUUAUGUGGUUCAUUCUUACGCUAAAGAAGAAGAUGUACAAGUAUCAAUUUGGCCAAUAUGCGUGGACACACAUGAUUCUAAUUGUGGUGUUCACACAAUCCUCCUUCACCGUCGCCAACAUUUUCGAGGGGAUUUUCUGGUUCCUCCUGCCAGCAUCACUUAUUGUUAUCAAUGAUUGUGCUGCUUAUUUCUUUGGAUUCUUCUUUGGGAGAACCCCUUUGAUCAAGUUAUCUCCAAAGAAAACUUGGGAGGGUUUCAUUGGAGCGUCCGUUACAACUAUUAUCUCCGCAUUUGUGCUUGCGAAUGUCCUGGGCCGCUAUGAGUGGUUAACAUGUCCGAGGAAGGAUUUGUCAACUGGUUGGCUUCAUUGUGAUCCUGGUCCAUUGUUUAAACCCGAGUACUUCACUUUACCAGCAUGGAUUCCAAAAUGGUUUCCUUGGAGAGAAGUUCAGAUUUUGCCCGUUCAAUGGCAUGCAAUUUGGCUUGGUCUUUUCGCAUCAAUAAUUGCACCUUUUGGAGGUUUUUUUGCAAGUGGUUUUAAGAGAGCUUUUAAGAUUAAGGAUUUUGGUGAUAGUAUUCCUGGGCAUGGUGGAAUUACAGAUAGAAUGGAUUGCCAGAUGGUGAUGGCAGUUUUCGCAUACAUCUAUCAUCAGUCAUUUAUUGCGCCACAAAGUUUAUCAGUUGAUAGGAUUUUGGACCAGAUAAUGAUGAACCUUACAUUUGAGGAGCAACAAGCAUUGUUCACGAAGCUUGGGCAGAUCAUCCAGCGUAGGCUGCUUGAAGAGUCUUGAUUAAAUCCACAAGAACUGCACCUUCUUCUGUAAUUUAUGGACGUCUCUCUCCGGCAUGCUGCGUACACGGAGCUGACAAUGUCACAAUUUCCUCAUGUGCAACAAACGUUAUUUAGGUUGAGGUGUCCACUGCAGUGCACAUUCUGUAGUGUACGCCACACAUUAUGCUGUAUAUUUUGCCUUGGACAGUUUAAUUGCACUCGAUCUCUCUCGAGUUUGAUUGCAUGUCAUGAGAUUGGUAGUUAUUGUUAAUUUAAUUUAGUCGAUGCUUAUGCUGAUUCAAUCCAAAUCCCUGCGUGGAAGGGUAUUGUAUUUCUUUUUUUGAGGACGUGGGAUUCACAAGAUGUACAGGAAAGCCAAUUGGAUCAAUAAGGAUUAGUUUUUGAUGUUUGAAA